AUGGCGGAUGAAGAUGUUACGCUGAAUGGUAAACCUCUACAAUCGCUCCGUGUGGCAGACUUGAAAGCCGCUUUGGAGCAACGAUGCCUCCCUAAAAGCGGGGCGAAAAAUACACUCAUUAAGCGACUGAAAGGGGUAAGCUUGGCUCAGGUUUUUGCUUCUAUCAACAAGCUGGUCAAGUUCAGCAGGAGGCUAUAGAGAGUGGGGUUAUAGGCCGUGUGUCGGUGGUUCGGGAGUGGGAAUGCAUAAUAUUUGGCACGCAUACGCGUGCGGAGGAUUUCAGGUCUAGCGAAUUAUGCAUCAGUGUGUUUCAAGAUGUCGAAACAAAUGUAGAACUAUGUCUAGUGUGGUACAACACUCUUCAAAGUUGAGAUGUGUUGCACGGACCGAACUGAAGGCCCAACCGGAGUGUGUGUGUGUUUAUGCUAGCGAGCUAACUAGCGGUAGUCCCUCUACUGUAUUUUUGAGCUGCUGUGCUCGGGCCAGCGUUCUGUGAGAGGAGGAGGGGCAGGGUGAUUGGGUACGCGCCUGCCCAUAUGCGCCGUUUACAUUAGCUCGCUAGUUACAUAGUUAGCUUAGCAAGGCAAGCAUGUUUUGGAGUUAAUUAACGUGAAAUUGCUUUUAUUUUCAUCUUCAAUUAUCUAUUUUACUAAAAUAAAUGUUCCUAAACACUACCACAACUGAAAAACAUAUCGCUUUCCUGCAAACUAAUGCUGAAUAUAAUGUGCACACCGUCUGAGCCAAUACCCAAUUGCAUUAUAAUUGCCCCAUAAGUGGCGUAAUAACAACUGCACACAAUAUUCCGCAAUCACACAAUUAUAACGACACGUUCUUUAAUCAGCCAUGCAGUUUCUUUUGCAUGUUUUAUUACAAUUUCCUGUGUGUGAAAAUGGGGUAUUCUUCUUCCGCAUUUCCAAUUGAAUGCAAGCUAAAGGUUUGCAAAUGUAUUGGAAGAGCAAUCGAAACUGGCUGGCACUCUAUAAACUCAAUGACCCGAGUCGAUUUGGAUUUACGUAUCGCCAUGAAGCUUUGGCUGGGCCCCCCCUCCUAUGUAACUGACCAACGAACGAUCCCUGUCGCUUCUACGUUCCCUAUUUAUACGGAAUAAAAAUGGGUUUGUUCAUUAGAAGAGAAUAUCCAUGCAGAGGACAGGACAGAGAGAAAUAGUGUUUGAGACCCUGCUCCCGACCACGAUGAUGACGUUUUGGGCAUCACUUGCAGCUGCAACAGCACAGAAACAACUCCAGCUGGAGUUGGCAUGGGAACAACAGGUUUUUGUCCUGUCUAUGAUGCUACAUUUAUCUCCCUUAUUUGUUGACUGAUUUCAUGUAUGUGCAUGGAAGAAUGUGUUUAGUUUUGCUACAAUGUAAAUGUUGAAUGUUUAGUACUGUAUUGCUUUUAUUGCUUCUCCGAUGAUGAUCCCGCCAUGCUAAUACUGAUGCACCAGACUGACGGUGUGUCUCUCUGGGUGCAAGUGAGUUAGCCUCACCUUCUCAUACUGACUGGAUCAGUGUGUGCUGAGGAGAAUGCACAAAUAGCUCUUACUCACCUACAUCUUUGCGAAAAUACAACAGCAUGGUGAUGUAUGUGUUUCAACCAGUCUUUUGCUCUCUGUUUUAGGCUCUAAUGUUGGAGAAUCUUCAGAGGACCUCCACUCCCCAUAUUGGGCUCCAGCCCAACUCCCAGGUAAGAGCCCAAGCAAAACAGAGUCAACACUAGGUGGAGUUACCUGAUUUAAUUGUCAGUCAUCUGUGUGUUUGACCAGAGAUGUAUAUAUUUUUUUACCCUCAAAUUAAUUAGAACAUACUGUAUUUCUACCUGUAGCAUUACAUUUCUAAGGUUGUCUAUCUUAUAUAUUCUUAGAUUGGGGUGAAGAUGAGUCCUGUAUCAUUCAAAUACAAAGAUAGCCUUUCCCUUCCUGUUUUCUAAUGUUGUGCCUAUAUCCCCUGUGAGUUUAGAUUGGGGAGGAGAUGAGCCAGAACAGCUUUAUAAAGCAGUACCUGGCCCAGCAGCAGGAGCUCCUCCGCCAGAGACUGGAGAGGGAGGCCCGGGAGGCAGCCGAGGCCGACGGCAAGACAUCCACAAUCAGGCUCUAAUAUCCACACUAGCAUACACUACUUAGCAUGGAAUGCUGGUGUGGAGUGGGCAUUGGAACAUUGUUCCAAUAUCCACACUAGCAUACUACUUAGUGUGAAGCAAUGUUUUGAGCAUGCAUUCUAAGUGGUGCUAGUGUGGCCAUCUGCUGAACAAUGGACGAUGGCCCCAUAGAUUAGUGUAGUUGGCACAUGUAUGUAUGUAUGUAUGUAUAAAUAGUGGCACAAUAGUGUUGUUAACAACGGUAUAUACCUGAAUGGAGGGCAGUUAGAUUAGUGCCAUUCACAUCUGCAUAUGGAUGUGCCAGAGUGAACUCCUCAUCAGCAUAUAUGGAUAGUGUGCCCAUUUCAUUUCUCACACCAUGUUAUGUCCUUAUUGUCUCCAAUGAUGAUCUCGCCAUGCUAAUACUGAUGCAUCAGACUGACAGUGUGUCUAUCUGGGUGCAAGUGAGUUAAACUCACCGUCUCAUACUGACUGGGUUCAGUGUGAGCUGAGGAGAACUACUAGGAAUUAACCACGAUUCCCGCUGUAAUAUAUUUUACCCAAAAGGCUACUAAUACUACUUCUGUGUCUGUCAGUUUAAUGUAUUAUUGUAUACCAGUUUAUUUUGGUAAGUGAGUGAGCAGUCUUUGUUUAUUCCAUUCCCAAUUGAGUUGUAGUCUGCAGACAUCCCAGUUCCAUUCUUUCUAAAUGGGCAAAAAGCUUAUUUUGUUGUCAAACAAAUGGAGUGUGCUGCAUGGCCUUUUAUUAGGUCAACUCUGACCCCUGACAUCUAACCUCUGUUUCCUCUUUCUGUGAAACAGAAAGCCCAGCGGGCCCAGAGGAGGAGGAGCAAACAGAGGAGGGUAACGACAGUGAUUCCUACCACCCUGACAAGGUCAGUAACCUACACACAGACAGAAGCAGAAGACGCUAAAAAGCCAACCACAUUCGAACGGUCCUCCAGAUAUAUUUAUUAUCCUAUAUGUUAUAUUGUUCAUAUCAACCGAGCAAACAGUCUCAAUUUCUCUGUCUUCUUCCCCCAACCUCUCCUCUCCCACCCCAGCAUCGCCCCAUGCCCUCCCAGCCCCCACUGACCCGGGCUGAGGAAGAGGGAGGAGGAGGGCCAAUGAUGAUGGGGCACCAGGGCCAAGGGAUGAUGAUGGGCCAAGGGAUGAUGUCUCGCAGACCAGACUUUGGCCCAAGCUCUGUGCCCCAAGAGUCCCCUAACGCCCCUGGAGGUCCUGGAUCCUGGAUGCAGCACCGUCCCUCCCUCCAACAUGGCCUCCACCACGAGGAGCCCACCACCCCUUCCCCGCCCCGAGCUGUGGCCUCCCUGUCGGUGCGCGUCCUAGGGGACCCAGAGCGCCAGGGCCUGCCCCCGUCCAUGCCCUCCCGCGCCCAGACCCAGGAGAAGGAAGGCACCGCCCCGGCGGAUGACGACCGACCUGCCCACUCCGUACUCCACCUCAGCCGCUCCGCCCGUGCAGCAGCCGGCGGUAACCGCGUCCAGGAAGACGGUGACGAUGAUGACAGCAGUGAGGAGGAUGAAGAUGAGUGGGGACCUGCGGCGGGGGCGAGGAGAGGUGGCGGAAGAGGAUGUGCCCCUCCCCCACAGCCCCAGCAGCCUUCCCCCAGCGUCCCAGCGGCCCGAGAGCGAUCCAGACGCAAGCUCCAGCCUCCGCAACACAUCCCCCCUCAGCAGGUAGUACACCAGCCCCCCAUGCAGCUCCGCCAGCCCACCCCGCCCCCCUCUCCACCCCCAGAGCUCUCCUUCCCCCUCCCCGACACCCCCAAACAAAGUCCGCCCGACAUGGAUGAGGAGUCAGAAGGAGCUGGGGUGGCUGUCCGCCCCCCUCCAGGUGGCCUCCAGAGGCAGGACUCUGACUCCAGCUCCCGAUCUAGCAGCCCAGAGCCCCUAGCCCAGCGCCGGCCCGGACCCCUCUCUUUGCUGGCCCGCAAGAUGGCGUCCGAGGGAGCUUUCGGUAAGAGAGGCGAGGGUGCGCUGGCGGACGGCCAGACAGGUCCUGGAGGGGAGGCUUCCGGACCAGGAGAUGGAGUUGGCAGCAGCCCAGGAGCUGGAGCAGGACCGGGGGUUGGGGUGGUCAGGUUCCCUGGGGCUGCUAUCACCCACACAGGAGGUAGCAGCAGCGCAGGGCACACGGGAUUCGUCACUGUACCUGAGGUCCCUGCACCCGUGGUUAUGUUUGGAUCAGGAGCCCAGCCCCAGUCCCAUCCUGUCCCUCUGCUGUCGGUGGCAGCUGUCCCCAGCAUAACCCUCACCACCGAGCCCCAGGGUCCAUCUGGAGAGACGGCACAGAAGAGGACGGAGAAAGAGACAAAGCAGGUGGAGGAGAGGGAGAGGAAGAUGAAGCAGGCGGAGAAGGAGAGGGAGAAACAGGAAGAGAAGGAGAGGGAGAGUCAUCUGCCGCCAUGGCAGCGUGGACGUGACUUGACGCUUCCAUCUGCGUCUUCACAGUUUGGGUUUGGGGGGUCAGAGGAGCCUGCAAAGGACCAGGGAGACACCCCUAAAAUGUCACCCUUCGGCAGGGACGAACCCCUAUCCUCCGCUCCCGGCUCAGCCAUGACGACCACCACCACCCCCCCGCCUGCCAUCGCCCCCAAGAAGCUCCGCAUGUUCUCCGACACCUCCUCCGGCUCCAUGAUCUCCCGUCCCAAACCUGUGCAGCAGGGGUCAGUGGUGGUGACCACCCCAGGGGAACCCCCUGAACCCCAUGGUAUAUCUGUGAGACCCCAGGUGGUCCUUGUCUCAGGGGCCCAGCAGCACACAGACGACACCAUGGAGGUCACUGCACUGAACAAGGCGUCCGUGGAGAAGCCUGGAUGGAAAACUGGAGACGAUGGGAAGAUGGAGAAGGAGCGUGACAGCCAGGCGGAGAAGGAGCGUGACAGCCAGGCGGAGAAGGAGCGUGACAGCCAGGCGGAGGCAGAGAAGGAGCGUGACAGCCAGGCGGAGGCAGAGAAGGAGCGUGACAGCCAGGCGGAGGCAGAGAAGGAGCGUGACAGCCAGGCGGAGAAGGAGCGUGACAGCCAGGCGGAGGUGGAGAAGGAGCGUGACAGACAGGCGGAGAAGGAGCGUGACAGCCAGGCGGAGAAGGAGCGUGACAGCCAGGCGGAGAAGGAGCGUGACAGCCAGGCGGAGAAGGAGCGUGACAGCCAGAAGGAGAAGGAGCAGGAGCGUGACAGCCAGGCGGAGAAGGAGAAGGAGCGUGACAGCCAGGCGGAGAAGGAGCGUGACAGCCAGAAGGAGAAGGAGCGUGACAGCCAGGCGGAGAAGGAGACUUCUAAAGCCGGGGAGACCAGGAGAAGGGGACCUGAAAAGACUGUUGAGGUUGAGCCCAUGGGACCUGUUCUGCCCCCUUCUUACCCAGGUAAGGGAGAAGAAGAGAGGAGGAGGAAGGAAGAUGAGGGGAGGAGGAAGGAAUAUGAGAGGUUGAAGGAAGAAGAGCGAGGCAGACGGGGGGAGAGGGCGAGGCACAGGAGGUCAUCCCCCUCCAGUGGUGGCGACUCUUCAUCCUCGGACUCUGGAUCCUCUUCGUCACGUACCUCUGGCUCCACCUCCUCCCGGGACAAAAAAAAGAAGGUUAGUGAUUGGCUAAUCUGGAUGUCAAUCAAUCUUUCUCUCUGCAAUGACAAGCUAUCAUCACAAUCCAGUGCUAGAGCAGUCUACACAUUAGUUCUUGCUUAUGCUUCUCUCCGAUGAUGAUCCCGCCAUGCUAAUACUGAUGCGCCAGACUGACAGUGUGUCUCUCUGGGUGCAAGUGAGUUAAACUCACCUUCUCAUACUGACUGGUUCAGUGUGGGCUGAGGAGAACUAGUGAAAGAUGCUUCACCACCUGCACAUGCCAUGCUUAUUUCUUUAUAUUUUUUCCCCAUUUACAAUUAACAUAACCUCUCUUCCCUCAUACAAUCCUACGCCUUGCUCCUUAACAAAUCCCCAUCUUUCUUGUCUAACUUUUUUCUUUAUUUGACUACAUUUACUGAUAUAAAAGUUGAUUCUUUACUGUUAUAGAAGUGUCUCGAACACUUUUGGUCUCUUAACAGAACACGUUGAUAUUUUGCUAUAUAUUGCCAAUUGUCUGUGAUUUGCUCACUCUUUAUUUGUUUAUCAGAAGACUGGCACAGGAAAAGGGGAUAAAAAGAGAAGACUGGACAGAGGAGAGAAGAACCAACCUGCCAGGUCAGCCAUAGUACCAUUUGAGUUGCUCUCACACACACACUCCUUGCUGUUCUUUGCACGCACGAACACACACUUCACAUAAACAAUCCUUGGUGAGGUGCUCACAUUUGAGGGGAAGCUCCUGCAAACCUUUCAAAAACAAGUGACAUUAUGUGCUCACGGUGUUGCUGAUAUAGGCCUACACAGAUUCACAAAAUCAUACUCCAUCUCACACCUGUCUCUCACUUAAUUCAUUUCUUCCCACAAGAACAGAAUACAAUCCUAAAUGCCAGUUUGUAGGUUUACAACAGUCCAUAUCAUAUAAUCUAUUCCUCUACCAAUGUCUCUUGGCUCUGCUGGCAUUUUUUUUUGUCUGCAAUGUGAAUGUGUCUUUGGAUGUGGUCCUCUGUAGCUCAGCUGGUAGAGCACGGCACUUGUAACGCUAGGGUAGUGGGUUCGAUCCCCGGGACCACCCAUACACAACAACAAAAAAUGUAUGCACGCAUGACUGUAAGUCACUUUGGAUAAAAGCGUCUGCUAAAUGGCAUAUUAUUAUUAUAUUAUUACUUGAACACAUGCUGAACACUUCAUUCUGGUCAUUGAUCCGUGGAGGAUUGGACUCCAGGGGUGGAUGGACGUCGCAAGGUAGCAAUUGAGAGUUUAAAGAUUAUAAUAAAAGCAGGAAGCACCAUCAGAAAACGUGUGUGGAUGUGUGUGUGCAGAUGUAUACUGUAUGUGUCUUGCCUCAUCAUCAUGACGUUUGAAUGUCUAUCAAUGACCAUGAGUGAAGUAUAUGUUUCAUUGGUUUUAUUGUGUUUUGAUGAAUGACAGAUGUUUUGGCUUGACUUUUGGUUUGGACAUUUGACAAGGAUAAAUUGGGAAGAAAAUGUGAAUGGUGUCUUCCAUAUAGACCUGAUACUGUAAAUUGGCCAGAACACCAACCAGAGUUUGCAACAAUGUUUUAGCUUUAUACAUUGUAGCUACUCUACUCCUCCUUGCCUGGAAACCCGACGUUGAAUUGCAUUGAAUUCUAAGUCUGGAAGAAAUGAGCGUUUUGAAUCAGGAAAGUUUCCUUUCAAGACUUCUACAUGCCAGAAAGUUGAAUACAAUUAUAUUUUAAUGUACUUUACCGGUUGGUCAUUUUGGCUGUAGGAUUGUGAGAAUCUAUGCACAGGAAAGAAUAAUUACAUCAAUUUUUUAAAGUGCUUAAUGCGUUCAGAUUUCUAUCACCUGAAGCAUGCGCAGAACCAUGUAAACACGUGCACGGCAAGUAUGCAUGCGUCUCUUUUAUUUUUUAAAAAUCUUGUGUGCAUGCAUCAGGCGAUAGAAAUCUGAACGCACUACCAGCACUUUAAAAAGUUUAUAGUUUUUAUUCAACAUUCUGGCUUGUAGAGGUCGUGAGAGGAAACUUAACUGAUGCUUACUCACACGACUACAUAUUAUGGAAAAGGCAACGGUUAUAUGCGGAAUACUUGGGACGUCCCUACUCUAACCGUAACCCUACCAUUUUAAAUGUAAACUUCAAUUGGUUAACGUCCAAUUAUUUUUAUUGGCUAACGGGGCGCUGUUUUGAAGCCACCGCGCCUCCAUCUUGGCACUCCCCAACCGUUGUAAAUAAUAUUUUGGAAGCUAUAUUAAUAAUUUAUUAAUGUCUACAUUUUGUUUUUGCCACUUAAUCUAUUACAGACACCUUCAUGCAUCUGUUUUUUUGUUGUAAUGAUACUGUCCCACUACAACAACAACAAUUAUGUAAUUUUGUCCUAAACAUUUUAAUUGAAAUACUGUACAAUUCCAUUCAUUCCUAUGGAGGACUGCUCUUUCUGGGGAGUGCCAAUAUGUUAAUAUGGCCGAUCGGCGGCUUCAAAGCCUCUCCUUGACCAAUACAUAGCAAUCGCAAUACAGGGUUUAUAUACAUCAUUGGUAACGUCAGCGUUGGGACGUCCAAAGAUCCCAGAUAGUAUGGACCAAAAAACGGUAGUCAUAUUUUUUGUCAGGCGCUCAAUGCGGCAGGGCCACAGCCGGUGUGGCCUUGGCCAUUAUCUAUUAUUGACAAGAUGGUCGAGUGACCGCUCUAACAAUGGAAAUGCAUGUCCUCAAAGAUGGAUGGCAGGCGGGGGGAGGCGAGAUCAGGUGGGAUCAUAUUAGCCAAUGAGGGCAGAUACGCGUGUGAACACGAGGCACAACUCCGAUAUAAAGUACUUUUUAAAAAAAGUUGACACUCAUUGACUUCUUUACAAAAAUUCCUAAUUUCGUGGUAUUAUUUUCGUGGUCUGGUUUUGGGUGGAGUAAACCCUCUCGCUUCUUCCUCUCUGCCUUAGCUGAGAAGAUAGACCUGUCCUCGCUCUCUCACACUAAAUUCCCCUCCCGGCUCGCUAUCCAAUAUGGCCGUCGUGCGUGUAUUGCUACUCUGAUACCGUCGCAGUGCACAAACCCCGCAGCCGCAUAAGGAUUUCUCGAUUUUAAACCACGUUUGACCGGAGUAAUCGAUUACGAUAGAGCGUUGGCUGUCGGGGGUUCCAGCCCGGCAAUAUGCUGUCAGAAGGCAACAAAAACGGGUAAGAUGGCGAACUAGAGGGAGAGGGGUUAGGCAUUACGUUGCUAGCUGCUACCCUUGGUUUCAUCGCUAGUCGCUACCGCGCAGCUAGUGCUGAUAGCUUGUCACUUGUGUCAUGUCUCAAACCCUCGUUCAACCUGCGGGUCUGGUGCCUUUAUAUUCAGAUUAUGGCUAAACUUUCGACUCAUGCGUUGUCACGGUCAACUAUAGACGUGGGCGUUUGAUUAUUAGAUACGAAGUGUAUUACAUACAACGUGUACGCGAGUUUCGCUCUCUCCACGUUCACGGGGGGUGUGGAUCCAAUGGCCUCGUGUUGGGGGGGAGGGGAUGGGCGAUACCGGGGUAACUCCGUGGUCACUCAUGUUUUAAGUCUCGAGUACCAAAGGAUCCAUUACGCAGAUAAAUAACUAAUAUAGCUGGUAGUGGUUGGCUUAAAGGCAUCAUUGUGAGAAUCAUGCAGUAGCAGCGUUUCGUUUUAUUAAACAACGAAUGACUUCCUCGUUACUCUUGACUGUCAUAACAUGUUUUUCUGGUGUGUACUAAAGCUCACCCACACUCACUGUGAAUCCAAUGGAUGUUUAGAGACCAUUUUAUAUAUUUAAAUGAUAAAGAAAGCUGCCUGUCUCACCGUAUGAAUCGGUGUGUGAUAUAUAUAUAUAUAUAUAUAUAUAUAUAUAUAUAGAAAACGAUAUGUGAAGAAGUGGACAAUGAAAUCAGGAAUACCCCUGGAUUCAUACACACGUAUCAUUGGUAUGAAUCUAUAGAUUAUAUAACGCAUGUCCCACUGCAUGAAUCCUUGGGUAUACCUGAUUUUAAGUGUCCACUUCUUCACAUGUCGUUUUCUAUGCUCCUUGUAUAAAUAUAUGGCUCUGGUGUCAGAUUGUUCAGCGAGAUGAGUUGUGGUGAUGUUAAAUGAGUGUCACCAUGGGAGUUCAUUAAUACACAAGACAUCUGUUAGCCAGCAAGUCGUGUCUGUGUACCCUUAUGGUGUGACAUCAUUUUCCUUCUCCCAAGGCUCACUGUUGAUGAGACUGUCUCUUGCGGGUACCACAUGUACAAUCAAUGCUGAAUGUGUGGCGCAAGGAUUAAACGAUAAAGGAGGAAAUGGAAAAAAUAGCGGCCUCUCAUGAAACAUAGGGGUAGUUUCUCACCCCAACACACACACACUCUCUUAAUGAUCACUUAUGGGACAGGCUGCUCCUACACUGCUGCCCCAUUGGGGUCGAGUUCUAGUAGACAUCUGGCCCCUAGCCCCAUCACAGGCCUCACAUUGCAGGUGUUUGGAGGGGGUAAGAGCUACACACACACAACAAUUACUUUGUUUCGGUGUGGAGGAGGUGGAAGGCUUGAGGAUGCAAUAAUGAAUAUUUCCAAUUAGUUGGCAGUCAGUGACGUUAUGACCCUGUAAAUGAUCACCUCAAUUUGUGUACGUAUGCAGCCUUUGGUUAGUCAGUAGGAUGUCUUUGUUGGUCAGUCUGUUUGUGUGACUGACCUUAUGAGUAGUUUGUUUUGAGGUGUAUUUGUGACCCCAGCGCUGGGUGUCAGUUGGCUGCCUGAUGGUUUGAGUAAGUUAUUUAUAGUACACUGUCCCAGAUCACUGGCCUCAACCAACUUCCCCUUCGCUCUCCCUCGUCCUCCAUCUGUCCUCUGUAUGUCUCCGGCUCUCUUCUCCGAGGUAGAGGUAGCCUCCCAUCCAUCUUCUCUUCUCUGCUUUUUAAUGAGGGACACAUUUUAGUUACUUCGUACGAGAUUCUUUUCCGUUUUCAUGGCUAAUGAGAGAUGGUAGGACAAAAGACCACAGAUGUAAUCUAUGUCUUAGAUUUUAUGACAUUUUCCUAAUUCAGAUCUUUGUAUGAUAAUCUGCUCUCUCUACCCUACCCUCUCUCCCUCCCUCUUUCUCCCCCAGGGAGGUAAAGCAAUCUUCCCUGUCAGAGCCGUCUUGCCCUCUGGAGAGGCCAGACCCAGGCCAGACCCAGCCCAUCCCCGUCGGGGACCCACAGAACAGUGAGGGCCGUAUGGAGGAGGUAAGGCCGCUGAGAGGGAGGGGUUGGGUACUGGGAGGGUACUGGGAGCAAGGGGCUAACGGUGGGGGGGGGCAUUUGGGACACUGUUAAAUGUCCAUAGAGGGAUACUUCUGUAUGUGUCGGGAUAACAGUGAACGAGCAUACUAACCCCCUUGUAACUAUGGCUUCGAUAGAGUUAAAAUACCCAUAGGUAUGGGUCUGAACGAUCUAACCUCUCCUCGUCCUUUGACUGAGUUUGAUACAGCCAUUCUUUGCAACAUACACUCACACACAGAGGUGCCUCACACACAGAGGUGCCAUACACACACAUUAUUAUGUAGUCAUUAUUUUCAUAGAGCAGUUGCCUAAGCGACUCGACUGCAGGCGGUUCAUCCCUAAUGGGGUGUGAAAUAAGAUGUGAACUCCACACAGACUGCAUGCAUGCUCCACAUCACGAUGUUGUUUGGUCAGUGUGGGUGUCAGUGUGUGGUUGUGAGAGAGGGUGAGUUAAGUUAAUCUACAGUCACAUUCCUCCUUAUUAUCACAAGCUAAAGUAACACUCACUUUCAGAUAAAUAUACACACAUUUUCACUAAUCCUAUAAUGGCCAUACAGUUUUGUAGUAAUAAUCAUUACAGAGCCAUCAAAGGGAAGCAGAGUUACAUUUAUUUGGUUGUCCUUCCCUACUUGAGUCAGAUCCAAUGCUGUAAACCAGCAAUGUUCCAUGGCUAAUAGGACCCUCAUUUUGAUUGAUCUAUCAUGAGAUAACUUCAGAGAAUAUUCUUCUCUUUUACAUAUUGCAGAUUAUAAGCUAAUGCUAUUGGUAUUCAGCUAAAUAAACCCUUUUGAAAUGGCUCACCCUCACCGUGUGUGUUUGGGACCGUGACCUCAGGGUUUGCAUGAGUAAUAGCCCCUGACAGAGUGUGUGGGGAGAGAUACAUCAAGGCUUUCUCCCUCCUCUCUCUUUCCCUCCUCUUCUCUCCACCUCUUUGUCUCUCUCUCCCCCUUCUCUUUCCAUCUCUGCCUCUGCUUUCUUUCUCUCUCUCCACAACUGACUCUUGCUCUCUAUUUUUCUCUCUACUGAUGAUCUCUAUCUCUUUCCCUCUCGCGCUCUCUCUAGCCUGACUGUCCAUCUUUAUCUCUGUCAUUCCCAUGAUCUCUUUAUCUCUCUUGGUGUGACUGCUGUUUUAAAACCCCAUUGAUUGCUUUGUUACGAAGGUGCCCAUGCCUCUUCCAUUGUCCCUAAUGGUACCUGCGUACUACUACUCCUCCUCCAACUCCUGCCCCGCUAUGCCCAAGCGCCUCGGCUGUACCUGAUCUAGGCCCCAGAGUGAGAGCUACUACUACACCACACCUGACCGCACUGAGUUAGCCUCCGAGAGAGAACCAGAGAGCCAGAGCCUGCAAGGCCUCCCCUCUAAUCCUCCAGCCAAGACCAGCGCUGAAGCCAUACAGAGAGAAGCUGAACCACCAAGGCCUUCCCUAACCUCCAGCCCAGGCCAGCGCUGAGCCAACCACCGAAAUAGAGGCUGAGCCUGCAAGCCCAGCCCUGAGCCAACCACAGGGCCUGAGCCUGACCCACCAACGCCCAGAGCUGAGCCAGCCAAAACCUGCAGAAACACAACAAGCCACGCAACCACAAUCAGCACCAGAACCCUGGGGAGGGAAGCCCACUCACUGGACUGCCUGGUGGAGAGAGAGGGAGGGGGACGUUUUCUCCUGUUGUCGCCUUCCCUUCCUUCUGCCAUUUUGUGGAGAAGCUACAGCUACUCUCCACACCCGCACAGAGAGAGAACGUGGACUACGGACUCGUUGCAGACAAGAUGAGGCCAGAGGCACUGCUACUUCCUGCUGUUUAUCUCCCUGUGUCUUCCUGCCAGUCUGCCCCCUACUGGUUGAGAGGACUGUAAACCGGCAGAUGAUUUCUGCCUCAUUGACUUGAAUGAACUGGUUCCACCUACACACUGCUAAGGACCAAACCGAUAAUCGGAAACGACACCAAGUUGACUUUCUCUGAUACGUCUCCUAGCUAUGUGUCUUCAAUGUAGACACUCAAGUGGAUUAUUGAAAUGGACUUAAAACAUGAUUUUGGACUACAUCUUUUCUCAUAAAGACAUUAACCUCUGAGUGCAAGAACUUAUGGAACUGUUUUGUUGCUACGGGCCCUUUUCAUUGGCUCAUUCCCCUGUUCCGAAUGCUCCUAUUGGCUUGACCUGCCAGGCCAGCAGCCAACCUGGGUCUUGAUUGGCUGGUCAGCCCUCAUCAGACUUCUGGAUCUGAUUUGAACUUUUCACCUGCAUCAAAGACACUCAAAGCAAAUACGAAAGGACAUUUUUUUGGCAAAUCUGGUUACAGUGCACACAGAAUACGUCAUCAGUGUGUGUGCUAAUAGCCUACAUUCUGAAUUGACAACGGGGUGUUUGCCCAGACAUCUGUAAGAGACUUUCAAAGCUAUUUAUAGAACAUCUCCCCCUCACUGAACCUUUAUAAAACUACUCAAGCCAUAAUGGACUUCAACUUCAAUCUGUGGUCUCAUUGGACUAUUGAUUAUUACACCAUCAGAGACUUUUCAGCUGCAACUUUGCAAGUCUAUACGUCACGCAAAUUCUGUCAUGUACAUCAAGGGAUCCGAUUUGUUUAUAUUGGGACCUCAAAAGUUUUGACCCCUAUUUGUCGAUAAACCAUCCAUUCAGGAAUCCCUUGCCUCACAAGCCAAAGGCAAAAUGACUCUUUAUCAAGCAAAGCACCAGUCAGUUGAGAAAAGCCCUCUUCCCCCUCCCGUUCGAGAAAAAAAGUCCAAAGCUAAGAUCACUUCCUGCCUGCCGGCUAAUCACCAUUCAGCACACUCAAAUCGAGUCCCGCCCUCACUCCUCUGCCUUCUCUGAUUGGACCCUUGUUGCCUAGAUACAGUACACACUGCCGUGCGGUUGGGCCAUAGCCAAGCCAGUGAGGAAUCAGGUGUCAAUGGUACCAGGAAAUGACUUGUCAUUUUUCUCUCUAUUUGAGAUAUUUUACUUUUUUAAAUAACUGUUAAGUAAUGUCAGAUAGUUUCUUCUCAGAUCUGUUUGGUCGUUUACUUCGACUGGAGGAUUGACUUCAUUUUGCUAUGUUUAACUCAAUAUAAACCCUUUUAAACUGUCAUGAUUACUGCAGUUUCAAGUUGAUAGAACAUCCUAAUUUUAUAUGUAGCCUAUCCUAAGUGUCUGCAUGCAUUUCCUGUCAGAACACCAUUCUUUAUUUGAAUCCUCCACUGAAUUGGAACUGCAGUAUCAGCCCAGACCUGCUCAGGUGUCUCUGGUCUGACAGACGAGGUCUCCAGCGCCCACCCCUCCACCUCUGUGACAUUGAACACUUCGUCACAACCCAAACACUGACUCACAGCAUUGUAUGUAGAUGUUUAGGCACAAACACAGGCCUUUGUACAUAUACAUUUUAUGGGCAACAAAAUGAAGACUAUAUGCUGAGGAGUAUUUCUGUCUGUAAUAAAGCCCUUUUGUGGGUUAAAAGUCAUUCUGAUUGGCUGGGCAUGGCAACCCAGUGGGUGGACCUGGCUCCAAAUUGGGUGGGCCUAUGCCCUCCCAGGCCCACCCAUGACUGCACCCCUGCCUAGUCAUGUGAAAUCCAUAGAUUAGGGCCUAAUUAAUUUAUUUCAAUUGACUGAUUUCCUUUCAUGAACUGUAACUCAGCAAAAUCGUAGAAAUUGUUGCAUGUUGCGUUUUAUUUUUAUUCACUAUUUGAUUAUAAAAGAUAUACAGUUACAGUAUAGUCGGUCUCUCUGCUUACCACACACAGGAAGAGCCAGACAUCAUUAACCAUUAGCUCAAGGGUAUCCUCCUGGUCUGAACAUUAACAUCCCCGACCCAGAGCCCAUAAAGAUACAUUAAUACAACGCCCUGUCACUCAACUAGGAGCUAAAAGGAGUAAGUUAAUGUCAGUCCGUCUUACACUCAACCAGGUCUCUACAGUCUAUUAGAGGAAAGCUUGCUGAUGCCUUAAAUUAUACCCUUUAUAUAGCCUAUUCUAUGCACUUGGUUUGUCCUCUGUUGGCACUACACCCACACCACAGCAACACCGCAGUAGGAGUAUUUUCAGUUAAUUACCACCGUGCCUACACCAACACACUGACAAACCCAGUAGGAGUGUACUUUAGAUGUCUACUGAUUAGUUGCAGUGCUAAACCCACACUUACACACAGCAGGAACAUAUUCAUUUGUCUUAAUCUCUCAGCGUCUUUGAACAAAGGUGGAGGUGAACGUGUCUGGAGUUCCUCUCUGUAUCGACCAAGAGCCCCCCCCCAUCUUCUCCUUAUGUGGUUUAAUAGGAGCCUGUCAGAUAGUUCUCUCCCUCUCUAUCCUCCACCUCUCUCUCUCUCUGUUUAGUAUGUUGACACAGUAUCUGGGUCUCUUCUCACCCCACGCCCCUGGGGUAUCUGUUACAUCCUCUCUCUCUCUUUCCAGAGCACCACUCCUAAAGCGUUCGCUGCACGCAAGAUCUCCUUGACCAGUGAGUAUUACUGUUACCUGUCCUGGAUCCCCUCUAAUCUAGACUGUAGAAAAAGAAUCACAUCAGUCUAUAGAUGCAUUCCAUGUAGAGGGCUGUGGGUCCCUACAGAGAUCAUUGCAGCGCGUCAGCAUUUUUCAUGCUGCGGGUCCCACUGAUUAUCUGUAAUACAGCUAGCCAUAAUGGGUCACGUGAGAAACUGGUAAUUUAACCCAUUAAGUUAUGUUUGACGUUUUGAUAUUGCCUAUAGGGAACCAAAUUCCUCGAACCAUGGUGAGUUGCGUCAAACGCCUAAAAUUAACAUUGCGGGACUGCGGUUGGGUUCGGGACCAGUUAGUUCUUUUGGUAGCGGGUGAGAGUCGGACAGAAAGCCAGCGGGUGUGGGCGGGUGAGUUAUGAAAAGCUGCAGGCACAGCGGGAUGAAUAAAUCAGUCCCGCGCAGACCUCUAAUUCCAGGCUCAGUCGAAAGAGAAGCCAUAGAUUAGUCCGUUUUGAGUAAAUCAUGGUUCCUCUGCCAAGAUAUGUUGGUGACACAGGUGUGUGUUCAUAACGGAGUCUGUCAUAUAAAAUAUUAGUUUUCCUGAUUCAUUAGGAACUAGAUUCUCACCUCAGACAAUCAGGAAUCGUAUGCCUUUUUUUGUUUCUUUUUUUUUGUGUCAUUUAGCAGACGCUCUUAUCCAGUCUACACCUGUUGUAUUCGACGCAUGUGAAAAAUAAGAUUGGAUUACUAUACUAACCAUGUUAUUUAUCCUCUCAGCAGGCAGUAAGACUUCUCCAGAGGGAGGAGCAGCAGCAGGGGGGGAGGCAGAGUCCGGGACCGCCGCUGGGAGGAAGAGGAGGUGGGGAUCCAGCACGGCCGUCAACGCCAAGAAACCAUCCAUCAGCAUUACCACAGACUCACUCAAGGUACUGGACUGGGUAGCACAGACACACACACACACACACACACACACACAUAUUCUGAAGAAGAAAAAACACCCUGAAAAUCACUUUAAAUUCAGACAUUUACAUUUUAGUCAUUUAGCAGACGCUCUUAUCCAGAGCGACUUACAGGAGCAAUUAGGGUUAAGUGCCUUGCUUAAGGGCACAUCGACACAUUUUUCACCUAGUUGGCUCGGGGAUUGGAACCAGCGACCUUUCGGUUACUGGCACAACGCUCUUACCCACUAAGCUACCUGCCGCCCAUACGUUCAAAGUUGUUACAUUCAAACUUAUUGUCCUCCUUUCUCCCCCUCUCCUACCAGUCUCUGAUCCCAGACAUCAAGCCCAGUCAGGAGGCUGUGGUGGAUCUCCACCCUGAUGACAUACAGUUGUCUGGGGACGAGGACACCACCACCACCAGGGAGGACCAGGGCCUGGACAAGGGCCUCAAGAUCAGACGCACCGUCACACAGGUGGGGAGAGGGGCCUGGGGAGUGGAUCAGAUUAACUGUAAUAGGUUACUGUAUAAAUCACGCAUAGGUGUGUAUCUUAUGUGUGUACCAAAGAUGUGUAUACAACAUUACUGUGCGGGCCAUUCAAUGUAAUUGCACCACCAUAAGUUGAUGAUAGCUGGAGUGAUAUUGGUAUAUAGACUACAUUUAAAACUAGAUUUAGGUUUUAUUUAUUCGCACCAAAGAAUGACAGAACGGUUCAGAUAAACUGGUAAAAGCAGAGUGCAGGUGAGGUUAGAAGCCCAAAAACACACCCCAAAUAUAAGUAUGAAAAAAAAGUUUGUUCAAUCAGUUAAGCAAUGUACAUUAAUAUCAUAAAUAGACAAGGUUUGUAGUUUCUUAAACAAAGGUACAGAUGGAGCCAGGUAAUUAGAGGAGGUGGCUAGUCUUGUAAAUGUAUUUUGUAUGAUGAGUAAUUUGUGUAGGUAGGAGGCAUAUGUACUGGGCCAGACAAUAUUACAGUAAAUAAGAUAUGGGUAAAUUAAGCUAUAGUAAAGAGUUAGGAAGCAAGCCUGAUGAACCAAACCAUUAAUCUUUCUGAUGAUACCAACAGAUAUCACUUUGCUACAGACAAAUUGAAUAUGAUCUUUCCAGGAUAACCUUUCAUCAAUUAGAACUGUUCCAUUUAAUUCCCACCAAUUGAGAUUCUGGAGAAUACAAUAAAGUCUGAAACCAUUCAGAAAAUGUGGCCGUAUCUGAGUUGGCUUCAUUAAUUAGUUAAUCAAAAUAGUUGUGUGAUAAAAUCCAAUUGGUAUCAUCAGCAAAGAGAAUGGGAAGUAUGGUAGAAGACACAGCAGCAAGGUCAUUGAUAUAGAUUAGGAAUAACAAAGGUCCAAUUAUCGAACCCUGUCGCACACCACAGGGUAUUUUGGCCCUGGUAGAUGCACAGCAGUUUGCAUAAACAAAUUGUUCUCUAUCAUAAACAUAACUAUAUAACCAAUUAUAUGUACACUACCGUUCAAAAGUUUGGGGUCACUCAGAAAUGUCCUUGUUUUCCAUGAAAACAUACAUGAAAUUAGUUUGAAUAGGGAAUAUAGCAAAAUGAAAAGGAAAUGUAGUCAUUGACAAGGUUAGAAAUAAUGAUUUUUAAUUUAAAUAAUAAUUGUCCUUCAACCUUUGCUUUCGUCAAAGAAUCCUCAAUUUGCAGCAAUUACAGCCUUGCAGACCUUAAGCAUUCUAGUUGUAUAUUUGUUGAGGUAAUCUGAAGAGAUUUCACCCCAUGCUUCCUGAAGCACCUCCCACAAGUUGGAUUGGCUUGAUGGGCACUUCUUACGUACCAUACGGUCAAGCUGCUCCCACAACAGCUCAAUAGGGUUGAGAUCCGGUGACUGUGCUGGCCACUCCAUUAUAGAUGGAAUACCAGCUGACUGCUUCUUCCCUAAAUAGUUCAUGCAUAGUUUGGAGCUGUGCUUUGGGUCAUUGUCCUGUUGUAGGAGGAAAUUGGCUCCAAUCAAGCGCCGUCCACAGGGUAUGGCAUGGCGUUGCAAAAUGGAGUGAUAGCCUUCCCUCUUCAAGAUCCCUUUUACCCUGUACAAAUCUCCCACUUUACCACCACCAAAGCACCCCCAGACCAUCACAUUGCCUCCACCAUGCUUGACAGAUGGCAUCAAGCACUCCUCCAGCAUCUUUUCAUUUGGUCUGCGUCUCACAAAUGUUCUUCUUUGUGAUCCGAACACCUCAAACUUCGAUUCGUCUGUCCAUAACACUUUUUUCCAAUCUUCCUCUGUCCCGUGUGUGUGUUCUUUUGCCCAUCUUAAUCUUUAAUUUGUAUUGGCCCGUCUGAGAUAUGGCUUUUUCUUUGCAACUCUGCCUAGAAGGUCAGCAUCCCGGAGUCGCCUCUUCACUGUGACGUUGAGACUGGUGUUUUUGCGCGUACUAUUUAAUGAAGGUGCCAGUUGAGGACCUGUGAGGCGUCUUUUUCUCAAACUAGACACUCAAAUCUAUUUGUCCUCUUGCUCAGUUGUGCACCGGGGCCUCCCACUCCUCUUUCCAUUCUGGUUAGAGCCAGUUUGCGCUGUUCUGUGAAGGGAGUUGUACGAGAUCUUCAGUUUCUUGGCAAUUUCUCGCAUGGAAUAGCCUUCAUUUCUCAGAACAAGAAUAGACUGACGAGUUUCAGAAGAAAGUUAUUUGUUUCUGUUCAUUUUGAGCCUGUGAUCGAACCCACAAUUUCUGAUGCUCCAGAUACUCAACUAGUCUCAAGAAGGUCAGUUUUAUUGCUGCUUUAAUCAGCACAACAGUUUUCAGCUGUGCUAACAUAAUUACAAAAGGGUUUUCUAAUGAUCAAUUAGCCUUUUAAAACGAUAAACUUGGAUUAGCAAACACAACGUGCCAUUGGAACACAGGACUGAUGGUUGCUGAUAACGGCCUCUGUACGCCUAUGUUGAUAUUCCAAUAAAAAUCAGCCAUUUCCAGCUACAAUAGCCAUUUACAACAUUAACAAUGUCUACACUGUAUUUCUGAUCAGUUUGAAGUUAUUUUAAUGGGCAAAAACAUUGCUUUUCUUUCAAAAACAAGGACAUUUCUAAGUGACCCCAAACGUUUAAACGGUAGUGUAUAAUCAUGAAAUCCGUAAUAAUGCAGUUUAGAAAGUAAUAUUUCAUGAUCAACCAUAUCAAACGCUUUGGAUAAAUCUAAAAAGAUGCCAAAUGCGUAUUAAUUGUUAAGGGCUGUAAAGAUUUUGUCCUCAAGUUGCAAAAGAGCUAUAUCUGUGGAGUAGUUUUAACGAUAACCAUAUUGGUGCUCAUAUAGAAUACAUUGUUGAUUUUAAAUGUUUCAACUUUCUCUUAUAUACCAAUUUCUCUAGGAUUUUAGAAAAACAUAGUACUGAUAUUGGGCGAUAAUUUGUAAAAGAUCUUGGAUCCCCAGAUUUAUAGAGGGGGAUAACUUUGGCAAUUUUCUCAUCUUUAGGAACAAUACCAGUUUGCGUAGAUUUGGUGAAGAUAUACGUUAGAGGCUGCUGCUGAUAUCUUUUAAGUUUCCAAUUACCUCCAUUACAUCAGGGGGAUCAAACUGAAGCAGAGAAGGGAAAUGUCCCUUAAUGUAAUCCAAGGGAUUUCCAUCAGGAUUUUUUGAGACCGGUUGUAAACCAAGGUUUCCAGAACCCUUCUGCUGCUCUCUUAUGUGGUUUAACUAAGGGAAAGCACUGGUGAAAUACAGAAUUGAAAGAUGUGAGAAGUCUGGUAAGCAGACUCCACAUGGUCUUGAUUAUAAACAUUUCCCCAUGAAAUAUCAUCAAUCAACAUCUUAAAGCGCUCACAAUUACUUUUGUUAAAUAUUCUACAUUUUAAUGCUAUUAAUCAUUCCCAUCUGUUCAUUCCCAGCUGCCAAAGAGAAGUGGAAAAUUGGAAAGUGGUCAGAAAUGUCAGUAUAAAGUAUACCUUUAUUAGCCACAUUAUUCAAAUAAUUAGUAAAAAUAUUAUCAAUAAGCUUGGCAGGUGAACUAACUGGUCACUCUUGUGGGCUUAUAGAUGAGGGGAUACAGAUAGCUGGAGUAUAAAGUAUUUAAAAAAUCAGAUGUCAGUGAGUGGUUCUCACUUCUUUAAAUAAAUGUAUGUUGUAAUCAACCAAUUCUUUUCUUAAUUAUUAACCAAAUCCAAGCAUAUCAAUAAAACUACCAAUAUCAGAAUCGGGUGGCCGAUUUUUUUUUUAACCACCAAAAAAUGAACAGGAGAGAAUUUCAAGGAAGAGAUUCAACAUCAGUGUUAUCAGAUGUAAGUGCGAGGUCCUCUCUUACAAAGAAUUGAAAACAUUUAUGAACAAAGAUGGACACUCCUCCUCCCACUCUUGAUGUUCUAAAUAACAUGCCAUUUAGCAGACGCUUUUAUCCAAAGCGACUUAGUCAUUCGUGCAUACAUUUUUGUGUAUGGGUGGUCCCGGGGAUCGAACCCACUACCCUGGCAUUACAAGCGCCGUGCUCUACCAGCUGAGCUACAGGAUUAUAAGGAGACAUGUCAUAAAGCAUGGUUGUCUCUUCAGUCAGCCAUGUUUCUGAAAGGGCAACAAUGGAAAAUUCAUGACUGAGAGAAGACAGAUAAUGAACAAGGUUUUUGCAAACGUUCUAAGGAAAGGUAGAAAAUAAGCUAGUCUUGGAAUUAGAUAAACUGCUAUACAGGUUGUUAAAUUGCUUCACAUUAUAGUGAUCACAAGUGAUACUUAUUUCUGAUACAUUUCUGGAAAUGUGAAUCUGGAUCAACACAAUCAUUAUAUUUAUAAUUUGCUUCAUUAAUAUGUAAUGUGUUGAAGACCACGUUAUCAGGGUUGAUAUCCUGCCCAACUAAGAGAGCGAGACAGUGGGAAUCAUCCAGAGGGUGGAACAGAAACAUGGAAGUACGUGCCUCACAUGUCCAAUACAACCAUUUGUGUUAGUUUUAUCAAUGGGGUGCACUUCAUAUGGAAUGCACAUCGACACAGUCCACAUAGCAUCACAGAAGACUUGAGGGUUAUGACAUUGAGCAAUGUGUGUUUUUGGUCAUGAGGUUAGGUGAAACACAUGAACAAAGUAGAGUAAAUAUGUGCGUGUGUGUCAAAUCAGUGGACUAUAGUGGAGUCACUUGCCAUUAUCCUACGAGAGGGGGGGGGGGGGGGUGAAUGACCAGCUGAUCAUACUUCCAAGUAUGCGAUGUUGCCUUCUUUUUGUUCUUCUGUUAGUCGUGGCAGCAGUUCCUUUCUUUUGAGGCGUACCUUUUUGGAGAAGUCUUCAUUGAUGAAUAUUUUGGUUCCCUUCAGGCACUUGGCACUCCUGAGAAUCUCCUUGUCUUUGAACCUGAGCAGUUUCUUCACUAUAGAUCUGGGCAGUCCAACGGGAAAGAAAGGGCCAUUCCUAUGCCCUCUCUAUCUCCAUGAGUUUAGGGUCCAGUUUGAGUUGAUCUGCCUGGAGUUUCAUGGCCUCGACUUCUGUGUCAUACCAAGUUUCAGUCUUUACGUCCUCAAUUACAUCGAUUUAAAAUGUUAUUGCGCCUCGAUUGGUUUUCGAGGUAGUCUCCUUUGGAAGAGUGCUUGUCAAGUGUUUGAAAAAUUGCGAAAUCCUUACAGAUCUAUUAGAUCUUUAUAGAACUAUUUUUGUUGAUCGAGUAGUUCAUGAAGUGUAGUGCUUGAUACAUAUUCCUCUUCCGCAUUGACCUUUGCAGCAUUUUUCUGUCUAGCAUAAGCCAUGCCCCAAGCUUGUUGUGACAUAAAAUGAGUUCGCAAACACAACCCACACCCAGCCUCCCAAAAACAAGCACUGCCAGUGAAAUGGCAAAUGAACACAGGCAACAGAGACUUGAUCACACAUGCACCAGUACGAUAAACAGAGAGAAGGCGGAGGACUUACUCACUGUAUGGAUCCUGGCUGCACUUUACUAAACGAGCGGGAGAUCACGAACUCGCAAGUUAGUGCAGUUGAUACAAGCAGUAUGCGGGGCAGUAAGCCUAAACACUGGUCGAAGAAUGCUUGGGAGAGACAGUGGUAGGAGCAUUCGCUUACCCACGGAACGAGCAACGUGAAAGAGUUGCGUGUGAGGACGGAGGCAGUUUUCUUUUUAUCGACGACCAAACAUUUAUUCUUAUUCACUUGCGCUAAAUAGUGAUUAAGUUGUCUCUUCUCCAUUCAUAGGUGGUCCCAGGUGAAAACCCGGAGAAUGGCCAGGGAGAACGAGAGGAGGAGGAGGAGGAGGAGGAGAAACCGGAGCGUGACAGAGGGAGGACACAGAAAGAGAAGAGGAAGAACAGCAACUCAGAAGACACCAUGGAGUCUCAGUCCUCCACUACUCACGACGCCGACGCUAAGAAAGGUAACUAGCCGCACAACAGUUCUGAAGUGUAACACCAUCUCCCAAGCCUCAGGCUAAUAUGACAAUUCUUUCUAACCACUUUUUCUUCCUGCUCCUUGCCCCUUAUUUUUCCCCUUCUCUUUAAAUCUAUCUCUCUCUCAGUCAUUCCCAGUGAUACUCUGGUGCGUCGCUCCAUCAGUCAGCAGAAGUCAGGUGUGUCUGUUACCAUCGACGACCCGGUCCGCACCGCCAAACAGCCCUCUCCGCCCAGAGGCAAAGUCUCCAACAUCGUCCACGUAUGUAACCUGGUGAGUUCAGAGCAGUGUCUUUAACCCACUCAUUUGAGUGUAUAACAUACAUAAAAGUAGAUCUUGGGAAAUGGUUGCUCUUAAUCACGGAUCAGUUUUUAAAAUGUUCUUCCCUAAUGGUUAAGGUUAUGAUAAACAGAUCCUAGAUCUGCAAAAGGGCAACUUCUACCUUGAAUCAACAUCAUGAACUGAGUGACAUUUGGCCCUGAUUGACCUAUGACCUCUCUCCUGUCCAUUAGGUGCGACCUUUCACCCUGGGCCAGCUGAAGGAGCUACUGAACAGGACAGGCUCAGUGGCAGAGGAUGGCUUCUGGAUCGAUAAGAUCAAGUCUCACUGCUACGUCACUGUGAGUAACUGUCAUUGUCUCUCUCAUACCAGUUUAUCUUUCACUAUCAUCGUCUGUCAGUCUCAAGUCUGUCAGAUAAUUAAUUCCGUAUUUACUUAAUUGAGCCUAGGGACUAGAGAAACUGAUGGCUUUGAAAGUCCACGCACAUCACACUGUUGUUUUUCGAAGAACUGGUCAUUGUUCUUUGUUGACCUGUCUCUCUCUCUCUCUUCUCCCAGUACUCCAGCACAGAGGAGGCUGUGGCCACGCGAGCUGCUCUCCACGGGGUGAAGUGGCCCCAAAGCAACCCUAAGGUCCUCAGUGUGGACUUCUGUGAGCAGAACGAGGUGAUUCUGUUCUACCCUCUCACACCCAACAGGGAACAACUGGACUAGUACUAGUAAACACUAGGAACAUAGGAAUAUUAGCCCUGAUGUACUAAUGGGUAUCUACAUAAACUAACUUGGGGGAAGAAAUAGCUGGCGCUUGAUGUGCAGACAACGUGUAAAUUAUAUUAUUUAACACAAAUUGAACCACGCCCUUCCUCUCUUAUCAAUCCAAGGGAAAUGUUUUUUUCCCUCUCAUUCAUCCUUUCUUCCCCUCGUUCUCUCCCUUCUCUAGCUGGACUUCCACAGAGGCCUGCUGACAGUGGACCCCAGAGAGGAGCACCGCCCCCAGCCUGGUGUGGGUCCUGGAGGUCCCAAAGUCCGACCGGGCGCGCUGCCCCCUCUGAUGGACGGGCGCGGGGACCGCGCCGUGGUCGGAGGGGUGCGGGACCAGUGGGCGGAGAGAGAGAGGGAGAUGGAACGCCGGGAGAGAACCAGGGCGGAACGUGAGUGGGACCGGGACAAGGUUCGAGACUUCGGAGGCAAACCAGGAGAGGAGAGGGAGAGAGGGAGGAGAUCUCGCUCCCUGGAUAGAGAGAGGAGGCGGAAGGAGAGGGACGGGAAGGAGAAGAAGACCGACAAAAAGGGUGAGAGGAGAUGGAGUCUUUCCUAAGCCUCGCAGAAGCUGCUUUUGUCCUCCAUAUACAUGUUUUAAUAUCUAAGCUGUUUGUAACCUAUAGCUAUUACGAUGUUAACUCACUGUCUUUCUCUCUCUCUCCUCUAUUUUCAUCCAUUCCAACAGACGAGCCUCCUGCCAAAUUACUAGACGACCUCUUCAAUAAGACCAAAGCAGCUCCCUGUAUAUACUGGCUCCCCCUCACUGAAGAACAGGUAAGACACAAACACUUCAUCCUAAUGCAACAACUUGAUAGGAGUGUGUUUUGUCAUUGAUUACUGUUGUUGGUAUCCCCAGGCAAACCAGAGGGGAAAAGAACGGGAAGAGCGACAGAAAGAACGAGAGAGGAGGCGGAAAGAACAGCUGGAGGAGGAGGACAAGAAGCGAGAGGAGGAGAGAAAGGAGAGAAUUAAAAGCAGAGAGAAGGAGGGAGGAGCUGCGGUAAGCACUGGAAGUGUGAGUGUCCGGGGAUCUGAGGGAGACCGGGACAGAGAGAGGGAGCGAGGGAGGGACAGAGAGGGGGAUAAGAGGAGGGACAGUGGUGGUUUCAGACCCAGAGGUCCUGAUACUAAACCCUCUUCAGGGUUCCGACGCUCCCGUAGCCGUAGCAACCCCCGAGACAAACGCCGUUGAGUGUUCAGUUUGACAGAGUGUUAGGGGUGGAUGCAGUCCCUAAUUCAACACACAAUUGAAUUAGGCACUGAGAGAGAGCUCUAGUCCCCCUCUUUUACCUUUAAACCACUUCCAUAGUCUUCAGGGUAACAGUCUGUUCCUCCUCACUGGCUAUCCUGUCCUUUGGGCCAGGGAGACUCCUAUUUAGAAAACCCCAGAUCCUCACGCAGUAAUGCCAUCUCUCUCACAUGUUCAUAAACAUCUACAUGUAUAGACUUUAGUCACAUGUUGAUAGUGAAGCGAAAAAUGGCUGCCUCCAAAAUGGCACCCUAUUUCCUCUAUAGGGAAUAGAUACAGUGACAUUUCAGAUGCAAUCGCUCUCCCUCUUCCUCAUAUAGCGGUCUCAACUGUCUGAAGCUCCUCAUACGAAGCAGUCCAGAGGCCUAUUCUGAGCUCUGUAAAUUCUCAUGCAUUUUAACCAGAAAUGGAAAGAAAGGGUGGAGGUUUGCCUCAAGGCUUGGAACGGAGUCUUGUUCCACCAAUCUCUUCAGCCACACAGUAAUAAGACUGUUCUCUGUAAUAAUCCAUUUAAAAAUAGCAGCCCAGCUUACCAACCCCCAAAUGUGUUCUAGAGUCAAUUUUAGUAUUCCAAAAUCCAGUGAAGUUAUUUUUUCUAGGACCAGUACCAAGGCCCUUAGUAAGGUCAUGUGAAGGUUAUUUUUUUCUGCUUUGACGUUUUAUUAUGAUGAAUCAUGUAAAUCUCAGCCUUGGAUGGUUUUUGUGUGUUAUAGUGUGUGUGUGGUGUGGUGGUGCUCUGCUCUCCCUCUCGCCACACACUAAGGUUAAAGUUGGUAAUGUGUCAUUACACUGAAAGCACCAUAUGUUUAAGAAAAUUAGGAAACUGUCUUUUUGCCUUGUCAGAGGGGUAGGGAAAUGUUUGUGUGGGGUGGGGAGGGGAGGGGGACUGAUUUCAUUGACGCACACUUGGCAUGUAUACUGUUCUUUUAUAGGUUGUUUGGGUGGGGAGGGGGAACCCAACGCACUGAGAAUCUGUGGGGCACGACGUGAAACUGUCCCAUUUUUGCUCUCUUCCCUCUUAUUUGCUCAGACCCUCCCAGUUCUUUUUUUUUACAUUAAAUCAGACAUGGGUUGGGUUUAAAACUUAGAUUAUUACUGUUUUAAUAUUGUUUUAAAUUUGUUUGAAACAGAUUCUUAUUUGGCUCUCUUUUUUUUCCUCCUGUAAGUGCUGAAUGUACAAAGAAUUAAAAAUAAAUGUAAAAGUUUAAAUGUUGUGUUAGCACAUUCUUUAGUAUAGUAUCUCAAGUCACAUUUUGUAAUGUUGAUCACGUUCCCAGUAGACUGUUGAUUCAACAAGUACUUAUUCAGGAGAUGAGUAAAUAUAUGAUAUACACUACAUGACCAAAAGUAUGUGGACACCUGCGUGUCGAACAUCUCAUUUCAAACUCAUGGGCAUUAAUAUGGAGUUGGUCCUCUCUUUGCUGCUCCACUCUUCUGGGAAGGCUUUCCACUAGAUGUUGGAACAUUGCUGCGGGGACUUGCUUCCAUUCAGCCAUGAGCAUUAGUUGGGUCGGCCACUGAUGUUGGGCGAUUAGGCCUGGCUCGCAGUCACCGUUCCAAUUCAUCCCAAAGGUGUUCGAUGGAGUUGAGGUCAGGGCUCUGUGCAGGCCAGUCAAGUUAUUUCCUUGUCAUGCUGAAACAGGAAAGGGCCUUCCCUGAACUGUUGCCACAAAGUUGGAAGCACAGAAUUGUCUACAAUGUCAUUGUAUGCUGUAGUGUUAAGAUUUCCCUUCACUGGAACUAAGGGGCCUAGCCCGAACCAUGAAAAACAGCCCCAGACCAUUAUUUCACCUCUACCAAACUUUACAGUUGGCACUAUGCAUUGGGGCAGGUAGCGUUCUCCUGGAUCCGCCCAACCCAGAUUUGUCCGUGGAACUGCCAGAUGGUGAAGCGUGAUUCAUCACACCAGAGAACGUGUUUCCACUGCUCCAGAGUCCAAUGGUGGCGAGCUUUACACCACUCCAGCCAAAGCUUGGCAUUGCGGAUGGUGAUCUUAGGCUUGUCUGCGGCUGCUCGUCCAUGGGAUCCCAUUUCAUGAAGCUCCCGACUAACAGUUCUUGUGCUGAUGUUGCUUCCAGAGGCAGUUUGGAACUCUGUAGUGAGUCUUGCAACCGAGGACAGACGAUUUUUACAUGGUCCUGUUCUGUGAGCUUGUGUGGCCUACCACUUUGCUCCUAGACGUUUCCACUUCACAAUAACAGCACUUAAAGUUGACCGGGGCAGCUCUAGCAGGGCAGAAAUUUGACUAACUGACUUGUUGGAAAGGUGGCAUCCUAUGACAGUGCCACGUUGAAAGUCACUGAGCUCUUCAGUAAGGCCAUUCUACUGACAAUGUUUGUCUGAAGAUUGCAUGGCUGUGUGCUCGAUUUUAUACACCUGUCAGCAACGAGUGUGGCUGAAAUAGCCGACUCUACUAAUUUUGAAGUGGUGUCCACCUACUUUUGUAUGUGUAUGUAUGUAUGUGUAUAUAUAUGUGUGUGUGUAUAUAUAUAUAUAUAUAUAUAUAUAUAUAUAUAUAUAUAUAUAUAUAUAUAUAUACACUGCUCAAAAAAAUAAAGGGAACACUAAAAUAACACAUCCUAGAUCUGAAUGAAUGAAAUAAUUUUAUUAAAUACUUUUUUCUUUACAUAGUUGAAUGUACUGACAACAAAAUCACACAAAAAUUAUCAAUGGAAAUCAAAUGUAUCAACCCAUGGAGGUCUAGAUUUGGAGUCACACUCAAAAUUAAAGUGGAAAACCACACUACAGGCUGAUCCAACUUUGAUGUAAUGUCCUUAAAACAAGUCAAAAUGAGGCUCAGUAGUGUGUGUGGCCUCCACGUGCCUGUAUGACCUCCCUACAACGCCUGGGCAUGCUCCUGAUGAGGUGGCGGAUGGUCUCCUGAGGGAUCUCCUCCCAGACCUGGACUAAAGCAUCCGCCAACCCCUGGAUAGUCUGUGGUGCAACGUGGCGUUGGUGGAUGGAGCGAGACAUGAUGUCCCAGAUGUGCUCAAUUGGAUUCAGGUCUGGGGAACGGGCGGGCCAGUCCAUAGCAUCAAUGCCUUCCUCUUGCAGGAACUGCUGACACACUCCAGCCACAUGAGGUCUAGCAAUGUCUUGCAUUAGGAGGAACCCAGGGCCAACCGCACCAGCAUAUGGUCUCACAAGGGGUCUGAGGAUCUCAUCUCGGUACCUAAUGGCAGUCAGGCUACCUCUGGCGAGCACAUGGCCCCCCAAAGAAAUGCCACCCCACACCAUGACUGACCCACCGCCAAACCGGUCAUGCUGGAGGAUGUUGCAGGCAGCAGAACUUUCUCCACGUCUUCUCCAGACUCUGUGACUUCUGUCACGUGCUCAGUGUGAACCUGCUUUCAUCUGUGAAGAGCACAGGGCGCCAGUUGGGAAUUUGCCAAGCUUGGUGUUCUCUGGCAAAUGCCAAACGUCCUGCACGGUGUUGGGCUGUAAGCACAACCCCCACCUGUGGACGUCAGGCCCUCAUACCACCCUCAUGGAGUCUGUUUCUGACCGUUUGAGCAGACACAUGCACAUUUGUGGCCUGCUGGAGGUCAUUUUGCAGGGCUCUGGCAGUGCUCCUCCUGCUCCUCCUUGCACAAAGGCGGAGGUAGUAGUCCUGCUGCUGGGUUGUUGCCCUCCUACGGCCUCCUCCACGUCUCCUGAUGUACUGGCCUGUCUCCUGGUAGCGCCUCCAUGCUCUGGACACUACGCUGACAGACACAGCAAACCUUCUUGCCACAGCUCGCAUUGAUGUGCCAUCCUGGAUGAGCUGCACUACCUGAGCCACUUGUGUGGGUUGUAGACUCCGUCGCAUGCUACCACUAGAGUGAAAGCACCACCAGCAUUCAAAAGUGACCAAAACAUCAGCCAGGAAGCAUAGGAACUGAGAAGUGGUCUGUGGUCACCACCUGCAAAACCAGUCCUUUAUUGGGGGUGUCUUGCUAAUUGCCUAUAAUUUCCACGUGUUGUCUAUUCCAUUUGCACAACAGCAUGUGAAAUGUAUUGUCUAUCAGUGUUGCUUCCUAAGUGGACAGUUUGAUUUCACAGAAGUGUGAUUGACUUGGAGUUACAUUGUGUUGUUUAAGUGUUCCCUUUAUUUUUUUGAGCAGUGUAUAUGUAUGUAUAUAUAUAUACAUACAUACAUACAUACAUACAUACAUACAUACAUACAUACAUACAUACAUACAGUGGGGGAAAAAAGUAUUUAGCCACCAAUUGUGCAAGUUCUCCCACUUAAAAAGAUGAGAGAGGCCUGUAAUUUUCAUCAUAGGUACACGUCAACUAUGACAGACAAAAUGAGAAAAAAAUAUCCAGAAAAUCACAUUGUAGGAUUGUUAAUGAAUUUAUUUGCAAAUUAUGGUGGAAAAUAAUUAUUUGGUCAAUAACAAAAGUUUCUCAAUACUUUGUUGGCAAUGACACAGGUCAAACGUUUUCUGUAAGUCUUCACAAAGUUUUCACACACUGUUGCUGGUAUUUUGGCCCAUUCCUCCAUGCAGAUCUCCUCUAGAGCAGUGAUGUUUUGGGGCUGUCGCUGGGCAACACGGACUUUCAACUCCCUCCAAAGAUUUUCUAUGGGGUUUAGAUCUGGAGACUGGCUAGGCCACUCCAGGACCUUGAAAUGCUUCUUACGAAGCCACUCCUUCUUUGCCUAUGCGGUGUGUUUGGGAUCAUUGUCAUGCUGAAAGACCCAGCCACGUUUCAUCUUCAAUGCCCUUGCUGAUGGAAGGAGGUUUUCACUCAAAAUCUCACGAUACAUGGCCCCAUUCAUUCUUUCCUUUACACGGAUCAGUCGUCCUGGUCCCUUUGCAGAAAAACAGCCCCAAAGCAUGAUGUUUCCACCCCCAUGCUUCACAGUAGGUAUGGUGUUCUUUGGAUGCAACUCAGCAUUCUUUGUCCUCCAAACACGACGAGUUGAGUUUUUACCAAAAAGUUCUAUUUUGGUUUCAUCUGACCAUAUGACAUUCUCCCAAUCCUCUUCUGGAUCAUCCAAAUGCACUCUAGCAAACUUCAGACGGGCCUGGACAUGUACUGGCUUAAGCAGGGGGACACGUCUGGCACUGCAGGAUUUGAGUCCCUGGCGUCGUAGUGUGUUAUUGAUGGUAGGCUUUGUUAAUUUGGUCCCAGCUCUCUGCAGGUCAUUCACUAGGUCCCCCGUGUGGUUCUGGGAUUUUUGCUCACCGUUCUUUUGAUCAUUUUGACCCCACGGGGUGAGAUCUUGCGUGGAGCCCCAGAUCGAGGGAGAUUAUCAAUUUCCUAAUAAUUGCUCCCACAGUUGAUUUCUUCAAACAAAGCUGCUUACCUAUUGCAGAUUCAGUCUUCCCAGCCUGGUGCAGGUCUACAAUUUUGUUUCUGGUGUCCUUUGACAGCUCUUUGGUCUUGGCCAUAGUGGAGUUUGGAGUGUGACUGUUUGAGGUUGUGGAUAGGUGUCUUUUAUACUGAUAACAAGUUCAAACAGGUGCCAUUAAUACAGGUAACGAGUGGAGGACAGAGCAGCCUCUUAAAGAAGAAGUAACAGGUCUGUGAGAGCCAGAAAUCUUGCUUGUUUGUAGGUGACCAAAUACUUAUUUUCCACCAUAAUUUGCAAAUAAAUUCAUUAAAAAUCCUACAAUGUGAUUUUCUGGAUUUUUUUUCUCAUUUUGUCUGUCAUAGUUGACGUGUACCUAUGAUGAAAAUUACAGGCCUCUCAUCUUUUUCAGUGGGAGAACUUGCACAAUUGGUGGCUGACUAAAUACUUUUUCCCCCCACUGUAUAUAUAUAUAGUCCUGCACGCAAGCAUGAUAUCCUGAAUACUAGGUUUGAUUGCCACCUUCGGGCCACAGAUUGUAACUGCAAUAAAGAUCUCUCAAAAGUUGAACACACAAAAAGGAAAAUAUUUAUUAAUUACAACCGAUUCAGGAAUGUUUUAAAAACUUUUACAAGAAGAAACACUUACAAAAUCUCUUACGGUAAACAAGUCAAAGUUUAAGUGCAAAUUGUUUGCUAGUGAUAGUUAAAUACAAAAACAGGUUAACCAGAUCGAUCAAUAAAUCCCUUGUUCUUCUAUAGCACGCAGUAGACGCACGGUGGGUCGGGUGGUCAAGAGAACCAUAGGAUGGUGUAUUCAUCUUAGCCUGGUCCCAGAUCUGCCAAACAAUGGCGUGACAAUGACCAUAGGAGUUGACAACACCGCACAAACUGACCUUUGACCCGGCUAUAUUCUUCUCCCACUCUGGUACAGUGAUGGUCUGUGGAACAGCAGGACUCAUUUUGUCGCACAUGGGUGGUGUUCAGUAGGCACACAACUGGAGAAAAUGCUCAACUUGUCCAAAAAUAAAUACUUAUUUUCAUCUUUCACCAAACGUGUGUGUCUUAAUGAACCCCAGGUCAUAUACAUACAGGGGUCUGAUCUAAACAGGGUUGGGGUGUAACGGAUUACAAAAACGAAUCCCGUUACGUUACCAGCAAGAUUAUUACUUCUAGGCAUCCUUUUUAAAUUCAGAAAGGAUGUUUGCGUAAAAAAAAUAUUUGACACAUUUGUUUUCUCAAUGACAUUCAAAUCAGCAUUGAAAGAAGGCGCAAGUUUAAAUUUCAUCCGCCUAAGCGAGUCUGACAAGUCAAUGGUCACUAUGUUGACGCACCAAAUGUUUGAUGGCUCGCGGGAAAAGCGAAGGAAUUGGCUUUUGUAGGCUACAGUCCAAUGUUGAGACUGCUGUCGGCAUCCAAAGAUUAUCCAACUUGAAUAAAUGCUUGGCGAUAAGGACGACAGCAGUGGUGUAGCCUACACUGCAGCUCUCUCAUUUAGCUAUUUGCGUCGUACGGAUUGUGGUUGUUGUCGAUGGCUGUUCAAAUGUAUGUGUAUUUUAACCCAAUAAUGAUUUAAUUGAAAAAGUAUCAAUGGUUGUUUAUGCAACCAGUGGCUAGCCAGUGAAAAAUGAGCUCAUGCUGCAGAUCUAUUUUUUACUUAACACUUUAUUUUCUUAACUGCAUUGUUGGUUAAGGGCUUGUAAGUAAGCAUUUCACUGUAAAGGUCUACAUCUGUUGUAUUCGGCGCAUGUGGCAAAUAACAUUUGAUUUGAUUCCAGCCUAUGGAAUACAAGUUUGAAGGAGUUCUUACCUUCUAUACUCCUCUGUGGUAUUGUGCUCAAUACUGUCGAAAACGAGUUUUAAUUUAAGGACACGAUUAGGGCUUUUAUUGCUCAAUCUAAUUUGUGCUGAUUAAAAACAAAUCCAUAGGCCUAACGGACUCGCUCACUUUGAUACACUUAAAGGGUCAAUCUGUAGUUGCUACCUCCCAUUUUUUGACUUAUAAAUUAAUGAUACUGUAUAUACCCAUUGAUUCUUUAAGAAUAUAACUUAUAAAUGCCUCAUGUGCUUAGUUUAACUAUCACACCCCAUGAUAACCCAAAAUACUGUAAGCUUGUUUUUCUCCAAUGUUUGUAAACAUUAUUUACAAACACUAGCCUCAAAACAUGGGUAUUUUUUUAUAUGUACAAACAUUGGAGAAUUGUCAGUCCUUGCAUCUAUGGCUCUGUCUAUUAAUCUUAGUGGUUACAUUUCUCCAGGCCCAUCCCUCAGCUUUUUACCAAAACGGGAAAGUAAUCUAAAAGUAACUGAAACUAAUCUGAUGACAUUACUGAGUUUGGGUAAUCCAAAAGUUGUUACUGAUUACAAUUUGACAGGUAACUAGUUACUAACGGAUUACAUUUAGAAAGUAACCUACCCAACCCUGGAUCUAAGACAUUGGUGCCAUCUUGUCAAACACUGCAACAAAACCGUAAAUAUGAUACAUCUUAUACCAGUAUUUUCAUGUGUGAGCUUGUCUCUUGAGUAGAAGGAAAUUCGAACAUCAGAGCAAACCCAUAUUAUCUUGGUGUGCAAUAG